AUGGAGACACAGCCAAUUAAAAUUGCAGUAGAUCAAGAAAUGGCGGAUAUAUUUAAGCAACCCACUGGAGAGGAUGGCAAUGCCGAGGCCUAUGAUCUGCAUAUGGGCAUCUUGGAAUUGAGUGUCAGUCUUCGUAACAUUAAUCACGAUGUGGAAAAAUCGCACGGAAAGGAUCCCGAGGAAAGAACUCUUCACGAGACGAGGGGAGAUUUGUUUAUGCGUCUCUAUAAGGAACUGGUGGACAUAGAGCCGGAUGAAAUAAAACGAUGCGAGUACCUAACAUUUUUCUAUGAUCUAUUCGAGUCCGUCAAACCAAAACUAAGCGGGCUCCAAGAGUCGUUUACUUAUCGCAUGGAACUAAUCGAUCGUAUGCAUGGCCAGGUUCAAUGCAUACUGGAACGACUCAGUCGAACUCAGAAUGCUAAAGAAAUAUCCUCCGCCUCCAAAGUGAAUAUUUAUUUGGAAUCGAAAAUGGUCCCAAAUGAAUCCACACCUAGUGCCACCCACGAAAGGAACAUAAAUAUAGGAGAAAGGCAACGCGUUCCAAAUGGACGACAGGAUUGUGUUGCUGGACAUUGGACGCUGGACAGUGGACAGUGGACACUGGCAAUUACCGUUGCCGCAGUUGUCAGAGCUACGCUCUUCCUGCUUCCCCAGGACAUCACCGCCCAGGAUGUCACCCCCUUUCAUAAUUCGCCUUGA